AUGAUGUGUUAUAAUCCCAAACUUACACCUCUUAUCAACCUGCGCUUGUCACAUGAAUUCAAAAAAGCUUCCUGGCUCUUGCAGCGGCACUGGGACCUCUUCUAUUUUUACUCUCGCGGCCUGAUCCACAGCUGCGCUCUUCUCUCCACGGCCGCAGUGACUACAUUUGGACUGACAGGGGGACAGCGGUGGGGGGCAGUGAGGAGGGCGUUCAGACCACUCCACUCUGGGCUGCUGGAACACGUACUGAAAAUCAUCAACUCGACAAAUGAGCUAAAGACUCUUGCUCCUAUGGGAUCCAAAGCAGGAUUUCCCCUUUCUGACUCUGUAUAA